GGGCUGGAUGCUGAUUGGCUGUUACCAUGUGGCGCACCUGUGUCAGGAAGCACCUGCAUUUAUCCUCGUUUAUUCUGGGUUUUCUUUUCCUUUAAUUUGUCACCCAGUGUUUACAGCAGAGUGGGAAAAAAAUAAAAUCAUCCACCCUCCCCAUCCGGCUUCACCUGCUCCUCCUACAGGCUAGCCGGGCUAAGCUGUCGCUGUAGUCCGGAGCCGAAGCCCUGCUGGGUCGAAGCCCCGCUCGGAACCUGCCGCUGGAUGAACCUCCACCCGGAAAAGAGGAGAAACCGCCUAUAUGGACGCUUCUUCUCCGCCUGUGACGGCGCCGCGGCCAGCUAGUGAGCAGCCCGCAGCUAGCUGCAGCUAGCGGCUCCGCUGGCUAACCAUCCCGGCUAGCUCGAGGAUUUAACUCGGCUUUUCUCGCCUUCUUUAAGCCCGUUUCCGUGUCAUGCUAUCGGCUGCUUAACCGAGUCAGGCUGGGCAUGCUUAGCGGGGAGCUGCGGGUCCUCCGAGCCUAGCAGCAGCAGGCAGCGGCAGAUAACGCGACCGUGUCCGGGUGGUGCUCCGGGAGGAGGAUGGCAUUUCACGGCGCAGGCCGGCAGACCGUGUGUGGAGACCUAUUUCCGGGCUCUGAGCUGGGCCACAAGUAUUUCUGCGUGAGCUCCUCCUGCGGAGCCCCCUCCACGGGCCUCAGCGCCACACCGUGCCUCACCGGACCCACCGCCCCGGCAGGGACCCCUCGUCACCCCACAGCCCUCGGAGGAAGCACCGGCGGCGGCGCGGCGGUGCCUCAGCCCUACAGCAACCCAGCCAGCGAGGUGCCGAGCCCCGCAGAGAUGGAGCCAGACCGACCCAUCGGUUAUGGCGCAUUUGGAGUUGUUUGGUCGGUGACCGAUCCUCGGGACGGCCGGAAGGUGGCUUUGAAGAAGAUGCCCAACGUCUUCCAGAACCUGGUCUCCUGCAAGAGGGUCUUCAGAGAGCUGCGGAUGCUGUGCUUCUUCAAACACGACAAUGUUCUGUCGGCUCUGGACAUUCUGCAGCCUCCGCAGAUCGACUGCUUCGAGGAGAUCUACGUGAUAACAGAGCUGAUGCAGAGCGACCUCCACAAAGUGAUCGUGUCUCCUCAGCCGCUCACCACGGACCACAUCAAGGUCUUCCUCUACCAGAUCCUCCGAGGUUUGAAGUACCUGCACUCCGCUGGGAUCCUGCACAGAGACAUCAAACCCGGAAACCUGCUGGUCAACAGCAACUGCCUGCUCAAGAUUUGUGACUUCGGCCUGGCGCGCGUGGAGGAGCCCGACCCGUCACGUCACAUGACGCAGGAGGUGGUGACUCAGUACUACAGGGCGCCGGAGGUGCUGAUGGGCUGCCGGCACUACAGCUCGGCCAUCGACGUGUGGUCGGUGGGCUGCAUCUUCGCCGAGCUGCUGGGGCGACGCAUCCUCUUCCAGGCUCAGAGUCCCAUUCAGCAGCUGGACCUGAUCACCGACCUGCUGGGAACGCCGCCUCUGUCGGCCCUGGCAGCGGCCUGCGAGGGCGCCCGGGCCCACAUCCUGAGGGGGCCGCACAAACCGCCGUCGCUGUCGGUGCUCUACAUGCUGUCUGACGGAGCGACCCACGAGGCCGUGCACCUCCUCUGCCGGAUGCUGGUCUUUGAUCCGGUGAGUUGAUGCUGAGCUGAUGUCCGGCUCCUCCGGCGCUGUCGUCUUCUGACCUUCAGCUCGUUCUGUUUAAUGUUUGCUGUUGUGACCCAAACGUGGACACCUCGGUCUGAAUUAACGCUGCAGCUGUUUUACUCCAACGAACAGCUUUAAGUCGCAUCGCCUGUAACGGCGAGGUCUGCUCGGCUUUGGUUCCCGCUCGGUGCCCUCGCCGCUUCUUUCAGGGUGUAAGUUUGGUGAGCGGCACACGCCAUUGGCUACGAGUCUCUAGAUGUUAGAAGAAGGAAGAGGAGUCGGCGACCCUGGCAGGAAGCUCGGAAGAGAGCGAGCAUGACGGCGGUAAAUCUCUGGGUUUUUAGUCGUUGGCGAGUGAUUUGGCGAGCGGGUCUUGUGGACUUGUAAGUAACACCAGCUGAUUGAUGGGUCUUCAGGGUUUUUCCUCGUCACAGUUUGGGGUUCAGGAGAGCCACGUACUGUUGCUGUUACCAGAUAUCAUAUUUACUGCUGAGGAAAUGAAACCCUGGACAGUUAUCGCUGAGCUGUAGCAGCUGAGGCGACUCGGUGACGUCAGCACAGAAAAGGUUUCUGUCCCACUGAUAAGUAUCCAUUGUGAUGUAACUCACUACUGCAGCCAGAAGGUGGAACUCUAAGCGGUGCAGCCCAGAUGUUUCCACAGCUGUGCUUUUGUCACAGCUGUUGUCUCUCUCAACACCGUGGAUUUAAAAACCAAACAGAUGCUUGAAGUGCAGAUUUUCAUCUUUCAUUCGAGGAACUGGACCGAUUUUUGUUUUGUUAGCGUUUCGUCUCAGUGGAUUUAAUGCAGCUCGUCUGACAUUUUAAAUCUUCUGCUCACACCGAGACCUUAACUCUGUGCCCGGGUUGCGCCUUGUAUCUGUGGAUAUUUGCGCUGUAUGAAAAGCAGCACGUGCACGGCCUUUCCGUGAAAGUGGUGACACGAUCGAGCACAGCUGUUGAUCCACUGCCAAACUCAGGUGUCACUCGUUAGCUGAGCGCUGGUUUUAGUCCAGCAGGACAGAUGUUCACGUGACACCCGGCUGAAUGUGUGUGACUGGUAGUUUGCUUGAGGGUGUUGCACAGGGCUCAGUACUUGGGCUCUACCCCUGUCCCUACUUCUGCUGUCUUUGACAGGUUCGAGCCAGUUUCCUUGCUCUGCCUGCAGGAGCUGGUUGCUCACAUGAAGCCCUCAGGUUCCCCUUAUGAUGCUCUCCCUCCUCGAUUUUUCAAAGAGGUUUUUCUCACUAUAGCAUCAGCUGUACAAUCUAUUGUAAAUAGUAGUUUGUCCUCUGGUGUUGUACCUGUCAAUCUCAAACAUGCGGUGAUUCAGCCUCUACUCAAGAAACCUGCUCUUGAUCCUGAUAUUAUUGCGAAUUACAGACCUAUUUCCAAACUGCCUUUUAUCUCAAAGAUUCUUGAAAAGGUAGUUUACAAGCAAUUAAUGUCCUUCCUAGAAGAACACGGUGUUUUAGAAGUUUUCCAAUCUGGUUUUAAAGCUUUACAUAGUACCGAAUCUGCCCUUUUAAGAGUUUUUAAUGAUGUGUUUUUGGCAAAUGACUCAGGUGACUGUGUUAUUAUCGUGCUGUUAGAUUUAACUGCUGCUUUUGAUACAGUGGAUCAUAAUAUUUUAAUUUCCCGUUUAGAGCAGUUGGUGGGUAUGCGGAGUGCUGCACUGCAGUGGCUCAGAUCCUAUUUGGCAGAGCGAACUUUCUCGGUGAAACUCGGGGAG